AUGGAGAACUAUUUCCAAGCAGAGGCAUAUAACCUUGACAAGGUUUUAGAUGAAUUUGAGCAAAACGAAGAUGCCGCUGUUUCACCUACACUACUGGGUGCAAAGUGGAAUCAGAUUCUAGAUCCGCCUCCUCGUCGUCUGUCAUUCAACCCGACCGUGGCCAAUGUGAAUGAAGCUACAACUCCUAAUGAAUGUCAGCAGAGAUUAAAGUCUUUCUCCUUGUCUCACUCAGUGACCACACCGACAGGAGGAGAGGAUCACUGUGCUAAUGGAAAGGAAUUCAGCAUAAGCCCAGAGACCCCAGUCAUGUGGUUUGAUGAUCAGGCGGCAGCAGACGAUCAGUUGAUUAAAAGAACUACUAAUGAUCAGUGUAACGCUGUGGAAACAGGAGACAAGAGAUGUGGAAACAGAGCUUGCUUGCCAGAGGAGAAAAACGUGCUAGUGGUGGCAGUCAUGCAUAACUGUGACAGAAGAACACUGCAAAGUGGCAGUUUGCUGGAUUGUAAAAACUACAAUAGUCAGUCCCUCAUGGACACUAUCAGCUUUACACUGGAUAACGAAAACCGACAGAGUGAUCAGUUUAGUGUUACUGUCAAUGGAUCCAUGGAAAAAGAUAUUGACACAGAAAAGCAGGUAAAUCGGCUGUGCACCGAAGAUGACUCUGUAAGUCAUUUGGUUAAUGCUUCAUCUGAAAGCCUGACUGUUGCGUGCCCCUCCUCUCGAUUAAAGGAUGAUUGUAAUAUGAGUAAAGAUUCGCUGUUUUCAGAAGCUACAACUGCAGGGAUUAAUGCAGUGACUCUCCUACAGAGACCAGUUGAUGGUACUGUUAAAAUACAAGAAAAUUGUGUAUCAGUUGAAAAUUUUACUAGUAAAGCCAUUCCUCAAAGAACAGAUCUAGAAGCUAAAAACUCUUCUUCUGGUUCAAGUAAUGGAAGCUUAAUCGUAGAACAGGAAACACCCCAACAGUUACAGUCUAGGCUAUCUGGGCCCGCUGAAACUUGUCAACCUAACGUGGCUGGAAGUGGCAAUUACAAGGAAUGUGUUGCAGAACAUUUUGCCCCUGAGGAUAUUAGUGCCACUGAAAGCGAAGUCACUGAAUGUGAUAAAAGUCUUGGCACAACAGAAUUGCUCGGCAUGGCAGAGUGCUACCCUGAAUCUCAGGAGAUGACUAAUUGGGAACUGACUAAGUUGAACGAGAUGAGUAAUAACCAAACUCUGGGAGAGAAUGAAAGACUUUUACAGACGAAACAGCCUGAUGAGGCAUGUAGUGAUAGUAAAGAUGGUGGAGAUGGGAUGAUGGAGGCAGGCAUGGACCUAAAAGGAACUGGUAUAGAUGAGCUUGAAGGGUCCAGUCUCUCUGAUGUGAUGGCUACAUCAGCAGCAAGCUCUCUGUCUAAUGGUUGUGAUUCCUAUGGAAUGCAGAAUGCAGUUGUUGCUCAUGUUCCAAAGACUUUACCCUCCAAGGAAGACUCAGUAACAGAGGAAAAGGAGAUAGAGGAGAGCAAGUCAGAAUGUUACACCAGUGUUUAUGAACAGAGAGGAAAUGAGACCACAGAAGGCAGCAGUCUUAUUUUAAAUAGCGCUGGUGACCACAUAAAGAAAAAUUAUUUACAUAAUCUUUGUAGUCAGGUUUCAUCCAUGCAAGGGCAAAAUUCACCAAAACCAGUGACUAAUCUGCAAUCUCUCAGUGUUCCUUUUGGUGGUGCAAGACCUAAACAACCUACAAAUCUUAAACUGCAGAUUCCAAAGCCAUUAUCGGACCACUUACAAAAUGACCUUGUUCCCCCAAAUUGUGGAGGUAAUAGUAAAAACAAAAAUGUCUUUGGUAAAACGCAGUUAGAAGGUACAGCAGACGCGUUUCCUGGUGAAGCAUCUUUAAAUUCCUCUGUUAAUGACGCUAAUGGGGAACAUUUGGAAGAGUAUGAAUCUGGAGUCUCUAGUAGUUCGUGCCUUGCAGUAGCCCCAGAUAGUCCGGACAACGAUCUCCGAGCUGGUCAGUUUGGAGCUCCAGCCAGAAAGCCUUUCACGACUUUGGGUGAGGUGGCUCCCGUUUGGGUUCCAGAUUCUCAAGCACCAAACUGCAUGAAAUGCGAGGCCAGAUUUACAUUCACCAAAAGAAGGCAUCAUUGCAGAGCUUGCGGGAAGGUUUUCUGUGCAGCGUGCUGCAGCCUGAAGUGCAAGUUGCUGUACAUGGAUCGAAAGGAAGCUAGAGUGUGUGUAAUCUGCCAUUCGGUACUAAUGAAUGCUCAAGCCUGGGAGAACAUGAUGAGUGCCUCAAGUCAGAGUCCUAACCCUAACAAUCCCGCUGAAUACUGUUCUACUAUCCCUCCUUUGCAGCAGGCUCAGGCCUCGGGUGCCCUGAGCUCUCCGCCUCCCACUGUCAUGGUACCUGUGGGAGUUUUAAAGCAUCCUGGAGCAGAAGUGGCUCAACCUAGAGAACAAAGGCGUGUUUGGUUUGCUGAUGGGAUAUUACCCAAUGGAGAAGUUGCCGAUGCAGCAAAACUGACAGUGGCUGGGACAACUUCCACAGGAACCUUAGCAGUGUCUCAUGAUCCAUCAAAGCCCAUGACCAACAACACUUUAUCAGCAGAAACUGAUAAUGCCUCUGUGUUCUCGGGAAAUAUAACUCAGGUUGGCAGUCCUGUUGGCAGUGCAAUGAAUCUAAUUCCUGAAGAUGGUCUUCCUCCAAUUCUCAUCUCCACUGGAGUAAAAGGAGACUAUGCUGUAGAAGAGAGACCUUCUCAGAUCUCUGUCAUGCAGCAGUUGGAGGACGGUGGCCCUGACCCUCUUGUAUUUGUUUUAAAUGCAAAUUUGCUAUCCAUGGUAAAAAUAGUAAAUUACGUGAACAGGAAGUGCUGGUGUUUCACCACAAAAGGCAUGCAUGCAGUGGGGCAGUCGGAGAUCGUCGUUCUCUUGCAGUGUUUGCCUGAUGAGAAAUGUUUGCCUAAGGAUAUCUUUAACCAUUUUGUGCAACUUUACCGGGAUGCCUUAGCAGGUAAUGUUGUUGGCAACCUGGGACACUCCUUUUUCAGCCAGAGCUUCCUUGGAAGCAAAGAACAUGGAGGGUUCUUGUACGUUGCAGCUACGUAUCAGUCCCUGCAAGACCUGGUGCUCCCAACCCCACCCUACUUGUUUGGCAUCCUCAUUCAGAAAUGGGAGACUCCCUGGGCCAAAGUGUUCCCCAUUCGCCUGAUGUUGAGACUUGGAGCUGAAUACAGACUUUAUCCAUGCCCACUUUUUAGUGUCAGAUUUCGUAAGCCUUUGUUUGGAGAGACCGGACACACGAUCAUGAACCUCCUUGCAGACUUCAGAAAUUACCAAUACACGCUGCCAGUGGUCCAAGGUUUAGUGGUUGAUAUGGAGGUCAGAAAAACCAGCAUCAAAAUUCCCAGCAACAGAUACAAUGAGAUGAUGAAAGCCAUGAACAAAUCCAACGAGCAUGUUCUAGCAGGGGGAGCGUGCUUCAAUGAGAAGGCAGACUCGCACCUGGUGUGUGUUCAGAAUGAUGAUGGGAAUUACCAGACGCAGGCCAUCAGCAUCCACAAUCAGCCAAGGAAGGUGACUGGUGCCAGCUUCUUUGUGUUCAGUGGAGCUUUAAAGUCCUCUUCAGGCUACCUGGCCAAAUCCAGUAUAGUAGAAGAUGGAGUAAUGGUCCAGAUAACUGCUGAGAACAUGGACUCUCUGAGGCAGGCCUUGAGGGAGAUGAAAGACUUCACCAUCACUUGUGGGAAAGUCGAUGCUGAAGAGCCUCAGGAGCACGUUCAUAUUCAGUGGGUAGAAGAUGAUAAAAACUUCAGUAAGGGUGUUGUAAGCCCAAUUGAUGGCAAAUCAAUGGAGUCUAUAACAAGCGUGAAGAUCUUUCACGGCUCAGAGUACAAGGCGAACGGAAAGGUCAUUCGGUGGACAGAGGUGUUUUUCCUGGAAAAUGAUGAGCAACACAACGGUCUGAGUGACCCGGCCGACCACAGCAGACUGACUGAAAACGUGGCGAAGGCUUUCUGUUUGGCGCUCUGUCCUCACCUGAAAUUGCUGAAAGAAGAUGGAAUGACUAAGCUAGGGCUGCGUGUCACACUUGACUCAGACCAGGUUGGUUAUCAAGCUGGGAGUAAUGGACAGCCACUGCCCUCUCAAUACAUGAAUGACCUGGACAGUGCCUUAGUUCCAGUGAUUCAUGGAGGGGCAUGUCAGUUGAGUGAGGGGCCAGUCAUAAUGGAGCUCAUCUUUUAUAUUCUGGAAAACAUCUCAUAAGAGGACUUCAUUUUCUGUUCAGACCUGUUCCAGCAGCAGUUGUAUCUGAAUCAUUUGCACUUUAAAACUGGAAAAUUAAGCUUUUGUUAACACUAUGGGGGAAGGGGGGGGAGGAGGGAGGGACAGUUGUUCCAUAAUUCUAAAUCUUCUAUGCAUUGUCAACAACCAGAGGAUCAGGGCAGCUUCUAUACAACAACAUGGCUAUGCUAUCCUUGCAGCUAAUACACUUCUGUUACUGUUAGAGAAAUGCUCAUGUUUAAAGACUUACAGUCAUGUACUCUAAAUGCUCAAACGGGUGCGAAGAUCACUGAGGCG